GAUUUAGGCCAUAACAUAAAGUUUUAAUUGAUUAAAGCUAUUCACUCGAUAUAAAUACAAAAGUCAUUAAGAAAGUUGUUUCUUCAUUUUUCGAUGGUUAAUGUAAAUCCCCUCCAUAAGCACUAAAUUUCCUGAUUAUAACUAUACUAUUCAUGUGUAUCUUAAAAGAAAGAGUGGGAAAGAGAGAACAAUCCCUACUACAUUGAGAAUUGACGUAAAGGUGGACGACAAUCAUUCUGUUCGGUAUUCUGCGGUGUUAGUAGGUUGUUGAUCGGCAUCACGUUCACAUAAAAAUUCAAAAACUAUUAACAGAUUAACAAUCAUUCAAAAUUAACUGAGAACUUGGCGCGCUUUUUUUACAACUGCCUAAUUUAAGCUGAUAGUGAAUUGAAGAAGUUUAUUACAAUAAUGAAUUCAUCUGAGGGAGGUAAUCCCAAUCCAGCUUUUGUCAAUGAUGAGGAAAGUACAGUCGACUUUAAGAAUAUCGAUAUUGCAAUAUUUUCCAAGGGAGAUUAUGACGCUGAUCAUCAUACACACGUCGACCCAAAAACCAUCUCAUCACCGGGAGAACAAAUAACGGCGACAAAUAAACCGAGACAAACCUGGGGCAAUGAAGUAGAAUUUCUGAUGUCCUGCAUAGCCAUGUCUAUUGGUCUAGGAAAUGUGUGGAGAUUUCCAUUUACAGCAUACGAAAAUGGUGGUGGUGCUUUCUUGAUUCCUUAUAUUAUUGUAUUGUUCCUUGUGGGCAAACCUUUCUAUUAUUUGGAGAUGAUUAUGGGCCAAUUCACAAGCAAAUCAUCUGUGAAGAUGUGGUCAGCUGUACCAGGAUUCCGUGGUGUUGGUUGGGCUCAAAUGUUCUCCAUGUUAUCAGUUGGCACUUACUACUGUUCAUUGAUGUCCAUUACACUCAUCUAUCUUUUCGGAAGCUUCUCAUCACCAUUACCUUGGGCCAAGUGUCAACUAGACUGGGGUGAUAAUUGUGUUGAUUCCCAAAAACCUGAAGAAAAUGUGACAGUUCAAUCAGUGAAUAAUAGUACAAAAUUAACAAGUUCAGCAGAAUUGUAUUUUAUAAAAUCGGUUCUCAAAGAAAAAGAUAAUAUCUACGAUGGCAUAGGAUUACCUGAUUGGAGAUUAACCCUUUGCUUACUGGCUUCUUGGCUUUGUAUAUUUGGUGUUCUCGUAAAAGGCACCAAAAGUUCUGGAAAAGCUGCCUACUUUUUGGCUUUAUUUCCUUAUGUUAUCAUGAUUGCUCUUCUUAUCAGAGCAGUAACAUUGGAAGGUGCUGCGAAUGGAAUUAUCUUCUUCAUUAAUCCCAAUUGGAACAAAUUAUUUGAUCCAAAUGUCUGGUAUGCUGCUGUUACUCAAUGUUUUUUCUCCCUAUCAGUUUGCUUUGGUGGAGUCGUUAUGUACUCUUCAUUCAAUGAAUUCAGACACAACAUUUACAGAGAUGUUUUGGUGGUGACUACACUUGACACAUUCACUAGUCUCAUCGCUGGCAUAACAAUUUUUGGAAUAUUGGGAAAUCUAGCUCAUGAACUUGGGACAGAUGAUGUCAGCAAUGUUGUUCGAGGGGGAACAGGAUUAGCUUUUGUUUCGUAUCCGGAUGCAAUUGCUAAAUUCACGAUUUUACCACAACUGUUUUCUGUACUAUUUUUCCUUAUGCUGUAUGUGUUGGGUAUCGGCAGUGGUAUUGCUCUUGCCGGAGGUAUUAUCAGUAUUCUUUGUGACCAAUUUCCACAAGUAAAAUAUUGGAAAGUCGUUCUGGGCACUUGUCUAUUUGGAUUAUUUGUUGGUUGUGCUUAUUGUACUCCGGGUGGACAGUUCGUUUUAAAUUUGGUUGAUUACUACGCUGGAUCAUUCAUUGUUUUUGUUUUUGCAACAUUGGAGAUUAGUGGAAUAUUUUGGAUUUAUGGGCUUGAAAAUUUGUUGGAUGAUGUUGAAUUUAUGCUGAAAAGAAGGCCGACCAUAUAUUGGAGAUUGUGUUGGGGAGUCAUCACUCCUUUGCUUCUUGCGACGAUUUUAGUUUAUACUAUAAUCACUCUUCAGCCUCUUACCUAUAACAAAGUUUUAUACCCUGAUUCUGCUUAUGCUGCUGGAUGGACACUGUUCUCCUUUGGUAUCCUUCAAUUGCCAUUCUGGUUAAUUUAUACAAUAAUUUCUAACAAAGAACAUAGUGUCUCACAGAUGAUUAUUAAAGCAUUUCAACCCACAAAGCUAUGGGGACCGGCAGAUCCAGUAGACUAUGCUGCUUGGAGACAAUUCAAAGAAACACUGAGGAAGAAGAAAGAAACUCGGACUAGCUCGAAAUUAAAACAAUUUCUUUAUGUACUAGUGGGUCAAGAAGAUAAAUUAACUUAAAGAGAAUCUAUUAGGUGAUAAUAGCUGGAAUUGUGUCACAGUGAUUUUUGAUCAGUCAAUCAUAACUUUUAAGAUUCUCAUACAAAUGUUUGUAAAUAUUUUCAAUGCAAUUAAGUUAAAAAUAGAUCAUAA